AUGGAUCUAAGCCGCAGUCUCGAGGCACUUGCGAUCAAAAGUCUAGACAGUACCGCACUGUCCGAGCUAGAAGCUCGAAUAGACCGCCAUGUCGGCACGGUGAUCUCCAGAGACCAAGCGCUUCAUACGUACCUGGGUUGGCUUCGUGAGCAACUAGUACAGGAUACCUUCUACCAACAGGAAUCUCUCGUCAAGGACUGGAUCGACUCGCUGCGCAACCGCGGCUACGAGCAAGAGCUGAUUUUCCGAUUCUUCAAAGAUUGGCAACGGCGAGAGGCCCAGAACGACCCUUUAACUCGCCGUAGAUUUCUACUGAUCGAAGAAAACAUGCGGGCAGUACUGGAAGAGCCACAGCAAGGCAUCAACCCAGAGCCACAUCUCGCGCAACCUAGUCACCGCCCAUCGCAGAAGGAAAACCGUCGUCCUCAUCCGGCAGAGCCAGCUGAGCGGAAGAAACCUGCCAAGUCGAGGAAGGAGCGUUCAAACAGACAGAGGACUGGUGCCAACGAAAUCCCUGUAUCAGGGCCUAGGCGUACAGGAAUAUCAUCGUCUCAUGAGGUCAUCGUGAUCCAUGACAGCCCAAGUGAGCCCGAUAGGUUUCCCACCACGACUGACCGUACGCCACCCGUGCACGGUGAUGCUGUCGCCACACAACCACCCUAUGAUCCAGAUGAGCUCAUGAUCACCCGGGAGACUAUUUGGCUUGAUACAACUCCAGAAAAAGUGCGCACUCCCUCUGAUCAGGCAGAAGCGCCCCAGUCGAGAGAGAAUUAUAUGACAGCAUUUAAGACGGGUGCUCUCGAUCAGAGACCGCCUGGCCACUGGGUCAACUUUUGUCCAACGAAUCUAGACCCGCGCUUCGACGUUCCUCCCGAUCCAAAAUAUCUAUGCAAGUACUGUGGGCGCCGUGGGGUACAUUUCGCUACGCUUUGUCCAUACAAUAAGAAUGACUGGUCCUUGACUCAGCAGCGAAAGAAAUCUAACAUCCAGGCACCCACCAAGUCUCCCAAAGUCGCUGGUGAUUCAUAUCGGCCGGGAGAAUCCUCCGGAUCCCGUCGUAGACACGCAGAGCCCAGAUUCCAGUCCCGACUUCGGGAGAACCGGUCUCGUUCACCCAUCGACAGAGACAGACAAGCCCUCAGAGAACCGAGAUCACCUUCACCUUUUGGCGACGAUAGACACCAUCGUCGAUCUUACAAGGAUGGAAUCAAGCUCUAUGAUGAGUACCGCCCUGCUCACUACGACCACGAGGCGCAAGCUUAUCAAGCCAAGUCCAGCCGACGCAGGAAGCAACACCAGAAGACUCUUGAUCAUAGCGAGGGGAGGCUGUAUUACGAAGAUGAUGUGUUCUUCACCGGUAUUGAGUCUCCGUCAGUCACAGGGGCGAGUCCUCAAACACGGUGGCUUUCCGGGGUCGAAGAGGUCACUUCCGCUCGAUCAUGCGAUGACAGCCCCGCUUUCAGUGAGAAUAAUGCGGUAGAUAUGCUCAGCCCAGAGGACCGCGACAAAGCGGCAGCUGAUGCCCAUGAUUUCCUCGAGGCAUUGCGUGAACAGAUCCAGGACAACGGUAUUGAAUCAGUUUGCGCCUCUGAGCUCAAUAAAGUCGUCGGCCAAGUCUGUAGCGAGAAAGACAUCAAUUUGAUCGACGGAGACAAUAGCGCUCUUUACGAGAUGAUCGCAAAUCCCCCCUUCAGCGAUGAAGUUGUACGGCUCUUCUGUGGUCGUGCCAUCCCAAUCAUAUAUCCGCGCCGACAACGACCUAUCGCCCUCGAGUUCUGGAGAGCGACUUGCGAUGAAUAA